UUCACUCUUCUCUGUAAAGGUUACGUUGAUUUGAUGUUGGUUCCCUGUAUGUACCAAUCACCAUAGCGCUCUCAUAAUCUUCAAGAUGGCCGACGGCGUGCAGAAAAGACUGCAAAGCGAGGUUGAAAAAUACCAAAGUCUUCAGAAAGACCUUCAGAAAUACAUGUCUAUGAGGCAACAGCUUGAUGCCCAGCUGAAUGAAAACACCUUGGUAAAGGAGGAGCUGGACCGUCUGGAAACAGAGUCCAAGGUUUACAAGAUGAUUGGUCCAGUGUUAGUCAAGCAAGACCUGGAGGAAUCCAAGCAGAAUGUGCAGAAAAGAAUUGACUAUAUCUCGGGUGAAAUGAAACGUCAUGAUGUAACUAUCAAGGAUUUAGAAAAGAAACAAGAUUCUCAGAGAGAGACACUAUCGAAACUCCAGCACCAGUUCCAACAAGCACAAGUCAAGGCUGCCGCAAGAGCAUAGCAGAGUUACCUCCCCUAUACAUAACACAUCUUGCUUACUUCCCUUUGUAUCAGAUUGUCCAUGACUUCCAGCACUGGAGUCUCAUGUCACUUGCUGUCCCGUUUACAUAACCUAAUUUGAACACUGCCUUAAAAUGUGUCUUUUGUUUGCUUCAAACUAAUUUAAUUUGAAUAUUUCAUUUCAAAUUCAGAAAUUUCUGUACUUCUGUACUUGUAAUUUUCAAGUACAUCAUUGUAAUGAUUUGAGGAUUCAUAUUCUACACAGACUGUAUUAUUCUUUUUCACAGACUUCAUAUGUGCAUUGUGUGUAAUUUUUGUACAAAGUAAAAUUUGUUCAUAGAAA